AUGUGCCGAUUUUUGAUCUAUAAGGGCAGCGAACCGAUUAAACUGGAGCAUCUGCUUACCCGACCUGCGCAUUCGAUCAUCAACCAGUCAUUUGACAGCCGCUUGCGCAUUGACACUCGUAGGCCCAUCAAUGGAGACGGCUUUGGUGUCGGAUACUAUCCUAUAGACAUGGACGAGGACGAAGAGCAGGGACCUUGUGUCUAUUGUGCAACCACGCCCGCAUGGAACAACAUCAAUCUCGAGAGGAUUGCUUCGAAAACCAAGUCCCGCAUGAUAUUUGCUCACGUUCGAGCGUCGACAUCAGGCGCACUAGCUGAGACAAACUGCCAUCCGUUUGUUUACCACACGUUAAUGUUUAUGCACAAUGGUGGCAUCCCGCUGUUUAGCCAUAUCAAGCGGCAUGUUUGCAAUCGUAUCAAGAAUGAAUACUUUAUGUCCGUUCAGGGAUCAACCGACUCUGAAAUGUCCUUUGCGUUGUUUCUGGACUGCCUUGAUCGGUUGGGCUGUGACACAAAGUCGCCCAAAGGAAAGUUCCCUCCCGAACUUUUGCAAAAGGCCAUGCAACAAACCAUUCAGCUAAUUGCUCAAUGGACUGCGGCUGUCGAGCAAGAACUUGGUACUCGGACUGAGCCAAAUCUUUUGAACUUUGCAGUGUCCGACGGUGAAACAGUUGUUGUGUGCCGCUACGUCUCCUCAAAAACUGACGAGGCUGCUUCCCUGUAUUAUUCUACAGGUACUCGUUUCUAUGAGUAUGCCCCGGGGCAGUAUCGCAUGGAGCGGAAAGGACGCUUGAACAAGGUCGCAAUGAUAGCCUCUGAACCUUUGACGUUUGAACGCAAUGAUUGGAUCGCCAUCCCCACUAACUCUAUUUUGACCAUUCGAGGACAAACUGUUUUGCUGCAUCCCAUUUUGGACGAAUACUACGAAGCAAAUCCCGGCAAAGCUCGGUCGACUCUUCUUACCGAAAAGAAAGGUCUUCUCUCUCCAAUGGUCAGUGCACCGGUGGAAAACGGUGUUCCUCCUUUAGGCCGCGAGGGCAGAGUGUUUUAG